GAAAUCUAAAUGGUAUAAAAAAUAUACUUGUAUUUUUAUUCUAUAUAUAACUUUAUAACAAACCUUUAAAAACUUUUAUAUUGACGAUUGUCUAGAAUAUCAGUGGAAAAUUUUCGAUACAGAAAGGUCUGGAAAAAGUAAGCAUUUAAUGACAUAAUUAUUGAUAUUAUUGAGAUUUCUAGCUAUCUACACAAUUUGCUUUUACUAGAUUUCACGUUGCGUAUAACGGUUCAUUUGCGCUGGAAAAUUUACUCGUUACUAGCAUACCGAAUUGUUUCGACGAACUAGGGAAGCGUGAUAUAAUGUGUCGGCGAUUGAAUAUAAUUAUUGCGAGCACUUUCGGUCACGGUGAAAUCAUCGUUGCGACAGAUGCGAGAAAAUUCUGUUGGGCAACCGUGAGAUCCAUGAGCCGCAUAUAAGUUGUUAGAACGCGUUUGGCAUACGAUGGCAUUGACAAAGAUUCGGGCAUCUCAUUACGUUAUUAUUACGUUCAUGCAGACAACGAGAUCGAUUAACUGCUAACACCACGGAAAGUCGAGCAGGCCAUUAUCAUACGACUGAUGACAAUUAUAUAAUCUAGCAUUUUUUCAAUAAUAUUUUGAAGGAAAGCAAUGUGUGACUGUCAUUAACAAUAUUCUUAAGAUAAAUUAACUGUCGACUAGAGAAGAUAGCACAAGUAGUUGCAUGUACAUGUUUUUUAGUGAAUAUCCUCGUUAUUUAUUUAUCGUCCCUGUUUAGUUCAUUUCUUAUUCUGGACUCUCCAUCUGAUUGAUCAUGCAUCCUUGUCAAAGAUGUUAAAUGCCGGCAGCUCAGUCUUGCGUUGCAGACUAGUAUAUAUAAACCGUUAAUCACAAAAUUUAUCAAAAUGAAAUAACAAGUACUAAAGGAUUCAAAAUAAAUAAAAAAUAUGUUUCUUAGGAUUGUUCACGUUUUAUUCAAUGUAACUAAUCUAUUUUAAAUGUUUAUAUUUAUUCAUAUUUUGCUAAUCUUAUUAUGUCACAUCUUCAAACCGUCGCAAACUCAAGCAAAAGUGUAACAUGUCAAGUGUAAUAUAUAUCAAGUCUCAUAUGUCAAUUUCUACCAAGCGUUAUGCAUUGCGUCUUGAAUUUUGAUAAUGUUUCAAGCACUAAAUAAAUUAAAUUUAAGAAAAAGAAGUUAUUAGAGCCUUUGUUUAAAUAUCCAAUCUCUAAUUUCUUUCGUUUUCACAUCAUUAACUUUCACCGCAACAUUUUUAAAACCCCAAUAAAUGGUCCUUUUUAAUAAUCCCCGAAUGCGGUUUUCCGGUGACGUUCUCGCCUUGGCGAAACGUCUGAGAACUCACAAAGUGGUGGGAUCAAGCAAGCAGCCGAUGCAGUCGCACACGACGCUUAAACACCGUUCGCUGUUCAUGGCAGGUAAAGAGACGGUGUAAGACCACGGUGGGAGUCAGUUCUGUUAUAGUAGGCCACGAGGCAGCAGCAACUCUCGUGCUGUUGCGGGCCUUGCGCGCGCGAACAUCGCACGGCGACUCCGCUCUCUCUCCUCGUUUCUGUUCCGGCGUGCUGCAUGACGCGCAUCGAGUACCAUCGAGCACCGUGGAAAAAUUGCAUUGCGAGUUACACGCGUUUCGGCAAAACAAGAUUUCAUGUUAUCAACUUGGUGAUCCAGUAAAAAAGAGGAAAAGAGCUGUCCGGUCAAUGGGUAUCGAGUCACCGCGACUUUCGUCGCUCGGCUUCGGGAUUGAUUUGACAAGCGGAGAGAGCACAUGAAACCUGACUACUUUGCUCACGGUCAUUCGCGAAUCGCAAAUGUCGGGACGUCAGUAAUAAGCACGAAUUUGCGUAAGAAGCGAAUUUGGAGUCCACAGUUCUCUCUUGCCGGAGAAAGCAACCGGCUGAUCGAGUUGACGGACGUACACCGUUUCCCCGUCUCCAUUUUAAUCUCUUCUCACCGCAGGAUAAACGAAAACACUCAGGAUGAGCGAACUGUUUGUGCUUACAAGUUGGUUCUAUUAGAUUGCACAUUAGUUGUACGAUUAUCAAGUUAACCCGUGGAAGCAUUUUUAUCAAGCAACUCCUUAAUGUCACGCGCACAAACAACGGAUUAGAUGUAUUAGAAGUACUAGAAAACGAGAAAAUAGCUGGGAUUCAACAAGGGGAACAGCGAUUAUCCUUCUUACGUAGAUAGAGGCACUUCCUCUAUUUCUUGUCGGUCUUCGGGUUCAAUAAUACGGCAGGAUGCAAGUUCGUUAAAGUCUCCGUGUCUUCCUGAUGCGAUCCACCGUGGCACGAUGGAUUUCUAACUGCCCAACAAUAAUGGUGGACUUUUGAAGGGCUUUUCGGGAUUGUCCAGAGACGUGAGAUGAUUGGCAAACUUCUUCUGGCUUUUUGGAUAUUACGAUGGAUCAGUUUUUUCGCAGAUCCCGUUGCGGGACAGAUGUCCUUAGAAAGUUCAGACGAGAAGAACGACGCGGAGAUCUUUCGCGCUGUCGUCGAAUCGAUGAGGCAGUGGACGCUUCAAAAGAAGCUCCAUCACAGAAAGAGAAGAGAAGUGUCCAAGGUUUGCUAUGAGGACGUCGGGUGCUUCGAGGAUACCGGGCCCUUCAGUUAUCUGGAAAUGCUUCCGUCACCACCGAAGGACGUCGGAACUAGAUUCUUCGUAUACGGGAGUAGAAAGGCAAGAUCGAUCCCCAUGGAGGUACCCGCCGAUGACAUAAACGAUAAUGCACACCGUGCCAUAGAUCCCGAUCUGCCUACGAAAGUGAUUGUCCAUGGGUUUGGUAGCAACUGCAAUCACCUGUGGGUGUAUGAUAUGAAAUCUGCAUUAAUGAGCAUCCACGACUGCAAUAUAGUGUGCGUGGAUUGGGGCCCUGGCAGCGCAGUACCGAAUUACGUAAGAGCAGCGGCAAAUACGCGAUUAGUCGGUCGGCAAUUAGCAAAAUUAAUUCGCAGCUUGAACGUACCGCUGGAUAAGGUACACAUGAUAGGCUUCAGCCUGGGCGCUCACGUAGCUGGAUUCGCCGGUGCAGAGCUCGGCAACGUAUCCAGAAUAACCGGAUUAGACCCUGCAGGGCCGCUUUUCGAAUCGCAGGAUCCGAGGGUGCGUUUGGACGCGACGGAUGCGAAUUUCGUAGAUGUUAUCCACAGCAACGGCGAGCAGCUUAUCUUAGGUGGACUAGGAUCAUGGCAGCCCAUGGGCGAUGUCGAUUAUUACCCGAACGGUGGAAAAAUGCAAAGCGGAUGCUCGAACAUUUUCCUUGGAGCAGUUUCUGACAUCAUCUGGUCGAGUGCGGUCGAGGGUAGAUCAUUGUGCAAUCAUCGACGGGCAUACAAGUUCUUUACCGAUUCCGUUAGCCCGAAGUGCCGGUUCCCAGCGUUUCCUUGCGAUGAUGGGUAUGAAGGUCUACUAAAAGGCGACUGUUUCCCCUGCGGCAUAAAUAGUAUGGAUAGACCAUGCGGCGAUAUGGGCUAUUACAGCAAUGAGUCGCCCGCCAGGGGCCAGCUCUACUUGGUAACGAGAGACGAGGAACCUUUCUGUGCUCAUCAAUACCAGAUCAAGGUGUACAACAGUCGAAGCGAAAGGUCUGCCAGGAGCUAUGGCAAGCUUGAAGUUACACUCGUGGGAAAAGGUUCUUAUAACGAUACGUUCGCAAUGACACGUAAAGAUGAAGAACUUCUCGUAGGAUCUAUUCUUCAAAAAAUCGUUGUGCCACAUCCAGCGGUUAUCGGUCUCGAAGCAAUUGAGAUUAAAUACACGGCGUAUAGCGGUUGGAUAUCGUCCGGAUUAGUAUCCUGGACCAUCGACAAGGUAGCCAUCAUCGACAGUUUCGGCAAGUCUCUGUCAGUAUGCAAGAAAGGCUUGAUUCUGGAAUCUGGUCGGUCGGUCUACUUACCACUUUAUCCCGGUGAAUGCAACAUUCCAUUGGAUACCGAGAACUCCACUACGUCCUCCUCGAUGCCGACAAUCGAACGCAUGAUAGUCGUCGACGAGAAGCAACAGCAGGGUGGCAUAGGGCCGUUCACGAAGGAGCAAAAUUACGAGACGAAAGAUUCGGGAUACACCGUAGAAAUCAUCCCGGCAGACAGAACCGCACAGAAGAGAGGUCUUGGUCCCUUCACGAAGGAGCAGAACUUACGCAUCGUUGAAGGCGAGACGGCGACGACUUACGACGAACCAGAGAAACGACGCAAUGUCGCGAAUCCAUGGACAGUCCUGGACAUAUCGAGCGAUGGUGACUCGAACUCACUGGAGAACGCCGAGUCGGAACAUGGGCGAAGCUUCUCCGGAGCUACCAAUCUGAUCUAUCACACCCCAACUGCAGUGGAGCGCGUCGUUGAGACUACCCUCACCACCACUACCGCCGACGUAGCUGCAGGUACUACCGCCGCUACCGUGGAAUUUCCGUCGGAAAUUCGGGAACCAGUGUUGCGUGCGAAUAAAAAGGAGACGGGUCGAUCGUUGAAGCUACCUGAGAUCACGGAACCGAUCCUGCGUCCGCGUGACACCAGACAGAAUACUCGGAACGAAGUGGUGCCGAACGAGAGGCAGCGCGACGAGAUACAAGAGACCUCGUCGACCUCUACCCGGGCAUUCACCGUGCAGUUCCUGCCCGAGAGACUGGCCAGCAUCCUGGCGCAAGCUGAGCGAUAUGCCCGGCAGACGCUGCUGCCUUUGAUCUCGCAGUAUACGCCGAGUUUCGUUACAGGUAUGCGACAUGAUGAACCCAAGUACUUUCCUCUCUUGGGCGACAUAGUGCGGCCGAAGAGCACCGAUUCUUCCGCCGAGACCAGCAAGACAACAGGCCGGCAAUGGAACGGCGAGCAAAUCGCGCAACCGGAUGUCGGCCAGCAGUCCAGGCCGUCCGAGAGCGAAGACGAAAGGGGAAUCCGCCGCGAGGAAUCCGCGUCGAGCAGGCGAACGGAGAACAACCAAUCCAAGAGCCGAAGCCUGGAGUUGAGAACUGAGACAUCGCCGGCGAAAGUUGAAAUCGUCUACCCGGAGAAAACGGCGAACUCCAAUUUCACUUCAGGUCUCGACACGAAAACGACGACGACAGCCAAGGAGACUCGACGUGAAGGUGGCGAUUGGCGACCGAUCGGUGAACAGGUGAUGUCUUCAAGGGACGCUUCAGUACGAAAAGACUUAAAUGUUUCGCGAUCGCUGGGCCGGUCGAUCGGCCGCGAUCAAAUCUCCUCGCAAACAGUAAACACAAAAGCAGAUACUGCAUCUGACUGGGUACCGAUUACGUUAUUUAAGAGCAACGUUGCCCCCACGACUAUGCGAACCUGGAUUGAGGAGACAGGAGCGAUAGUGAUUUCGCUGCAGGACGAGAACAUUGACGAGCCGCGAAGAUCCACCGAAGACAGGGUAUUCGUUGAGAGGAAAAAGGAGGAAGUGGCCAAAGAAGAAACAGCUACUGCGAGCACGUAUGAGAGGAAAUUCAUACCUCUGGUUGAUCCGAAGGAGACAACUAGUAGUCCGGCCUCAUCGACCGAGUCCAAUGAUGUUCCGAAGUCUACGACGAUUGCCACACACAUCCAGAAAAUUCCAAGAUACAAGGAAGCGACGGUGAAGAGCGCCAGGACAAUAUUCAGAUCAGCGAUGAUGUUCCCGUACGCGUAUGAACGAAGAAACGAUCCGAGGACAAGAUACAUACCGCUGGUCCCAGAAGAGGAUAUGGGCAAGCCUUACUCGGCCAUGGAGAGGGAUCGUUAACAUCGUGGACAUUGUAGAGAUUUUUAAGACUCGGAAACUUAUUCAAUGUUAUGUUAAAAUUAAUUGCGUUGCGGCGUUUGUUAUCUAUUAUUUUUUCAACGUUUUAUCUUUAUCGAAUUUUUUAAGUGUACAUUAAUCACGACGCGUUAAAUUCCUUUUUAUGGAGUCGUCUCACUAUUUUAUAUUGAGACGGCAACAUAAGAACCAAACAUUUAUAGGAUUACUGAUAUAGUGCUUGUUUUCGAUCAAAAAACCAAGUAUCAAUUGAGACUUAGCAUUAUUUUAAUCGAAUAAGAAUAUUUGCGUGACCUCCGGAAUUUUUUAAAAUAGUCAGAUGCCCUGCAUCAAUUCCCAGUGAGCGAGAUCGCAAACGCGUGCACGCGCGCGGCUAUGUUUAAAUAGGAUAUAUUACUGCUUAAUCGAGAGAACUUAUUCUCUUCACAGUCGAAGACUACUAAGAAUUUUUGCUGAGUGUAUUUUAAAUUUAGACAGACAAGUGAUAACUUAAUUAUAAUCACAUUUAUCCCGAAAUAUGAAACGAUCACUGUGACGUUAGUGCAAUUUCUUAUCUGCGAUGAAAAAUACCGUGAUUAAAGAUGUAAAAUCAAUUUGUGCUCCUUCUGUCUAUUAUAACAAAAUAAAGCGCUCUGCGUUUUUUAGCACAGCGAUGAAACGUAUUAAAUGUAGAACGUAAGAAGUGAGAUGAGAUUUCACACGUGACAUGGAGCAAAGUGAAACAUACGCUUUCAGGUUUUAUAAUACUUGCCGUGUUAUCGAUACCGAAUUAUAUUGUUUAAUGUCUUUUUUUAUACCAUUACGUACAAUGCUAUAAAAAUUGCGAAAAAUUGUAACUGUUUCUUCUGCGGCCAUUACGACGCUUUAUCAACUUGGCUUUAGAAAAAGGCUUUAAUAACUCAUUUUUGAUAAAAAUUGGGAGCCCUUAACUUUAUUAUCUUUGUAUAUAUAGGAAUUUUUUUACAUAGCUAUAUAUACAUAUAUAUAUAUAUACAACACACAUAUAUAUAUAUAGCUUCGUCUUUCGCUAUUGUUACAACUAUUAUUAUCAUCGCCAUUGUUUUUCUUUCCUCCUGCGCUUAUUUAUGUCCAAUUUAUGAGUAGUGACCAGCGGUCACGAAAAUCGAACAUUCACAGCGCUCUUGCUAUUAUUUAACUUUUCUGUGUUGUACAUAUCUCAAGACGACCAACGCGCGGAAAGAGUCACGAGAGUGCUCGGAUAUCACGUGUACCCCCUCGUAGUGUAAUAUAAUAUAUACAGCUAGAAGAACGGGGACUACGCGCGCUACAACGGUAGCGAUUGUGGACUCUAGACAACAGUUGAGAAAUAUGGAAGAAACAAUUUUCGCGUAGAUCUAUAUAUAUAUACAUAUAUAUAUAGAUAUAUAAUCUUUAAUAUAACUGUUUUUACUUAAAAUA